UCGUGUUGGGGCCGCCGGGAGCUACGGGUUUGAAAAGCUAAAGCUCGUAGGGCGUCGCAACUGCUGACUUCCGACGCAAGAUGGGGAAACUGAUACUCAGAAUGGGACAGUCACUACCUUGGGGACACACAGUUGGUGGUAGUGGGUGUCGUAAUAGAGGCCCAGAGACAGAGACAGAGCCCAGCGCAGGGUCCCAUAACACGUUAAAGGCUGAACCAGUGUUGGAACCCAGCUGGGUCCCAGAAAAGAACACCUGAUUUCUCCAACCCUGGGACAGCUGCAGGAAAAGCCUUAAUGGCAAAAGGAAAGUAAUUUCAUUUUUCCAGCAGUUUUAAAGUUAGGAACGUUUGAGGGUGAUCCAGUGUUUCACAAAAUGUCCAAUAUCACUCGCAUCAGGAUCUGGUGCAGUUUUUUUUUUUUUAAUGCAGGUUUUUUUAUCCCUACCUCCAUCUCACCCCUUGGCAGCUCCCCAGUUCUUUAACUGCCUUCUUUCUGGAUUGUGAUAGGAUUCUUCUCAGUCUGAAGCACCUGAUAUGAAUUUUAAUUAAACUGAAUUUAUCAGUCUGGGCUCUGGGGAAUUAACCAUGAAUAAGACAGAGCCCCGGCUUUCACCUCUGAUUAAAAAGGUAGACAGGUAAACAGUGUUUUUCUGGGGAAGUACGGAAGGCUUUUGGGGUCUUGAAGGACAGGUAAGCGUGUGUAAACAGUGAAGGAAGUAGGGGUGGAGGUUAGAGGCAGGAAAGGGGCUAGUGUACCAAGUAGCAGGAGCAGAAACAGCAAAGGCAAAUAAUCCUGAAUGUGGCUAGUCUUGUUUUAGAGACAAUGAGGAGUUUGGUGUAGAUACUGAGGAGGGUCUGGGGGUUGGAGCAGGCUUUUAGGAGCUCAGUCUUGGGGAGGGAGCCUUGGAUGCUAGGUUAACAAGUUUAGCAUUUGUCCAAUGAGUUGUCUAAGGAUAUUAAGGAAGAGGGAAACAUGGUGUGUUAGGUUCUGGUUACAGCAUGGCAAAUGGUUUGUAAGUGGGGAGACCAAGGCCAGAGAGAGAUCUCAGAGGUAGUUAAGGUGUGAGAUGAUGAGGCGGGGCCGAGAAGAUGGAGAGAAGGGGACAGAUUAAAGAGAUAUUUAGGAGAGAGAACUCCGACUGAUUAUAAAUCAGCGGCCCAAUCCAGGGUACAGGAUGUUUCCAACUCCUUAAAUAAAGUAUGUGGGACUUCCCUGGUGGUCCAGUGGGUAAGACUGCUUGCUCCCAAUGCAGGCGAACCAGGCUGGAUCCCUGGUUGGGGAACUAGAUCCUCCUGCAUGCAUGCCUCAACUAAGAAGCCCACAUGCCACAACGAAGAUCCCAUGUGCUGCAACUAAGAUCCAGUGCAGCCAAAAUAAAUAAAUACAUAAAUAUUUAAAAAAUAAUAAAAUAUGUACAUUACCUACAGGACAGACUGAGCUUUCCAAUCUUGUUGGUGGGAAGGAAGGGAUAGGUGGUCUGUUUAUUGCCACAACUGUGAUUUCAUGAUGUCCCUCUUUUGUCUGCUUUUGUACCUAAGGGAGAGUCUGAAGCAGCAGUUACUAUAAUAGGCCCCAGGUGCCAGAAAAAGUCCACCGGGCUAACAAGGAACAAAGGAAGCUAUUUCUAGGGCAGCAUGAAAUUAAAAAAUCAUGACCCAGGGUUCUCUGUGCAGGUUCUCCUCUUCCAAGAUGGGUGCCAAAUGACGUGUAUCAUGUGCCUAUUUGUGAGAUUUGGGGAGGUUCCCAGACCUUAACACCCCUUUGGUUGUGUCCUCUCACAUUGUGGCAGGUUGCUUAUGUUUAGAGUGUCAUACCUACGAAACCAUUGCCUAAUCCAAAAUCAUGAAGACUCACACCUGUCUUCUGUGAGAUUUAUGGGUUUUGCUGUUACAUUUAGGUCUUUGAUUCAUGGUGCAAGGGCCUGAAUGGGGUGACAGAAAAGGAGAGCCUGGAAGUGCCCUGACACAUUCUGAAGGCAGACUGAGUGUCAGCACCCCGAACCCCUGAUUGCCUGCUGCCUUGGACUGCCUUGAACCUCUAAGAUCUCAUCCUCCACCUCUCAGUGCCACUACCAUGAUGGAUGUGAGUGAACUUGGGGAGUCUGCCCGCUACCUCCGCCAGGGCUACCAGGAGCAGAUGAAGGUGCACACUGUCCUGUGGGAUGGGAAGAAGCGGGUCUGGGUACCUGAUGAACAGGAUGCUUACGUGGAGGCUGAGGUCAAAUCCGAGGCUACUGGGGGCAGAGUCAACGUGGAGACCAAAGACCAGAAGGUGCUGACGGUUCGUGAAGCUGAACUGCAGCCCAUGAACCCGCCCCGCUUCGACUUGCUGGAGGACAUGGCCAUGAUGACGCACCUCAACGAGGCAGCCGUACUGCACAACCUGCGCCAGCGUUACGCUCGCUGGAUGAUCUAUACAUACUCGGGCCUCUUCUGUGUCACCAUCAACCCCUACAAAUGGCUCCCGAUCUAUACAGCCUCUGUGGUAGCCGCUUACAAGGGAAAGCGCCGCUCGGAGGCCCCGCCCCACAUAUAUGCGGUGGCAGAUAACGCCUACAAUGACAUGCUGCGCAACCGAGAGAACCAGUCCAUGCUGAUCACGGGAGAGUCGGGGGCCGGUAAGACGGUUAACACCAAGCGGGUCAUUCAGUACUUUGCCAUCGUCGCUGCCCUGGGAGACGGGCUGGGCAAGAAGGCCUUUCUGGCCACGAAGACCAGGGGCACCCUCGAGGAUCAAAUCAUUGAGGCUAACCCUGCCAUGGAGGCUUUUGGCAAUGCCAAGACCCUGCGGAACGACAACUCGUCCCGCUUCGGCAAGUUCAUCCGCAUUCAUUUUGGUCCCUCUGGGAAGCUGGCAUCCGCGGAUAUUGACAGCUAUCUCCUGGAGAAGUCAAGGGUGAUCUUCCAGCUGCCCGGUGAGCGAGGCUACCACAUCUACUACCAGAUCCUCUCGGGGAAGAAGCCAGAGCUGCAGGACAUGCUGCUUCUGUCUAUGAACCCCUAUGACUACCACUUCUGCAGCCAGGGCGUCAUCACUGUGGACCACAUGAAUGACGGGGAGGAGCUCAUGGCCACUGACCAUGCCAUGGACAUCCUGGGCUUCAGCGUGGAUGAGAAGUGUGCCUGCUACAAGGUCGUGGGGGCCCUCCUGCACUUCGGCAACAUGAAAUUCAAGCAGAAGCAGCGGGACGAGCAGGCCGAGGCCGACGGCACCGAGAGUGCUGACAAGGCUGCCUACCUGAUGGGGGUCAGCAGUGGAGACCUCCUCAAAGGCCUUCUGCACCCCCGAGUGCGUGUGGGGAACGAGUAUGUGACCAAGGGUCAGAGCGUGGAGCAGGUGGUGUUUGCCGUGGGGGCUCUGGCCAAGGCCACCUAUGACCGGCUGUUCCGGUGGCUGGUGUCACGGAUCAACCAGACACUGGACACCAAGUUGCCCCGUCAGUUCUUCAUCGGCGUCCUGGACAUCGCCGGUUUUGAGAUCUUUGAGUUUAACAGCUUUGAACAGCUGUGUAUCAACUUCACCAACGAGAAGCUGCAGCAGUUCUUCAACCAGCACAUGUUUGUGCUCGAGCAGGAGGAGUACAAGCGGGAGGGCAUCGACUGGGUCUUCAUCGACUUCGGCCUGGACCUGCAGCCCUGCAUUGACCUCAUCGAGAAGCCACUGGGCAUCCUGUCCCUUCUGGAGGAGGAGUGUAUGUUCCCCAAGGCCUCAGAUGCCAGCUUCCAGGCCAAGCUCUAUGACAACCACGCGGGGAAGUCGUCCAAUUUCCAGCAGCCGCGGCCUGACAAGAAGCGCAAAUACCAGGCCCACUUUGAGGUGGUCCACUACGCGGGCGUGGUGCCUUACAGCAUCGUGGGCUGGCUGGAAAAAAACAAGAAUCCACUGAAUGAGACGGUGGUCCCCAUCUUCCAAAAGUCGCAGAACAAGCUCUUGGCUACUCUCUACGAGAACUAUGCUGGCUCCUGCUCUACCGAGCCCCCCAAGUCUGGGGUGAAAGAGAAGCGUAGGAAGGCAGCAUCAUUCCAGACGGUGUCCCAGCUACACAAGGAGAACCUCAACAAGCUGAUGACCAACCUGCGGGCCACACAGCCCCACUUUGUCCGUUGCAUUGUCCCCAAUGAGAACAAGACCCCAGGAAUCAUGGAUGCCUUCUUGGUGCUACACCAGCUGCGUUGCAAUGGGGUUCUGGAGGGGAUCCGGAUCUGCCGACAAGGAUUCCCCAAUAGGCUGCUUUACGCUGACUUCCGGCAACGGUACCGCAUCCUGAACCCCAGUGCCAUCCCGGACGACACCUUCAUGGACAGCAGGAAGGCCACAGAGAAGCUGCUGGCCUCGCUGAACAUCGACCACACCCAGUACCAGUUUGGCCAUACCAAGGUGUUCUUCAAGGCUGGGCUUCUAGGCGUCUUGGAGGAGCUUCGUGACCAGCGUCUGGCCAAGGUCCUGACACUGCUGCAGGCACGGAGCCGGGGCCGCCUCAUGCGCCUCGAGUACCAGCGCCUGCUUGGAGGCAGGGAUGCCCUGUUCACCAUCCAGUGGAACAUCCGCGCCUUCAACGCCGUCAAGAACUGGUCAUGGAUGAAGCUCUUUUUCAAGAUGAAGCCACUACUACGCUCAGCGCAGGCUGAGGCGGAGCUGGCGGCCCUGCGGGCAGAGCUGCGGGGGCUGCGAGGGGCACUGGCCACCGCCGAGGCCAAGUGCCAGGAGCUGGAGGAGACGCACGUCAGCGUCACCCAGAAGAAGAAUGACCUGGCCCUGCAGCUGCAGGCAGAGCAGGAAAACCUGGCGGAUGCCGAGGAGCGCUGCCACUUGCUCAUCAAGUCCAAGGUGCAGCUGGAGGCGAAGGUGAAGGAGCUGAGUGAGCGGCUGGAGGACGAGGAGGAGGUGAAUGCUGACCUGGCUGCCCGCCGGCGCAAGCUGGAAGAUGAGUGCACAGAGCUCAAGAAGGACACUGAUGACCUGGAGCUGACGCUGGCCAAGGCCGAGAAGGAGAAGCAAGCCACGGAGAGUAAGGUGAAGAACCUGAUGGAGGAGAUGGUGGCGCUGGAGGAGUCAGUGGCCCGGCUGACGAAGGAGAAGAAGGCCUUGCAGGAGGCCCACCAGCAGGCCCUGGGCGACCUGCAGGCUGAGGAGGACCGUGUGAGCGCACUGGCCAAGGCCAAGACCCGCCUGGAGCAGCAGGUGGAAGACCUGGAGUGCUCCCUGGAGCAAGAGAAGAAGCUGCGCAUGGACAUGGAGCGGGCCAAACGCAAGCUCGAGGGUGACCUGAAACUGACGCAGGAGUCGGUGACGGAUGCUGCCCAGGACAAGCAGCAGCUGGAGGAGAAGCUCCAGAAAAAGGACUCCGAGCUGAGUCAGCUGAACCUUCGAGUGGAGGACGAGCAGCUCCUUGGGGCCCAGCUGCAGAAGAAGAUCAAGGAGCUGCAGUCUCGGGCGGAGGCGCUGGAAGAGGAGCUGGAGGCCGAGCGGUCAGCCCGGGCCCGCGUAGAGAAGCAGCGGGCAGAAGCAGCCCGGGAGCUGGCGGAGCUGAGCGAGCGGCUGGAGGAGGUGGGCGGCGCGUCCGCGGGGCAGCGCGAGGGCUGCCGGAAGCACGAGGCCGAGCUGGGGCGGCUGAGGCGGGAACUGGAGGAGGCGGCACUGCGGCACGAGGCCACAGUGGCUGCGCUGCGGCGCAAGCAGGCGGAGAGCGCGGCCGAGCUGGGCGAGCAGGCGGACAGUCUGCAACGGGCGCGACAGAAGCUGGAAAAGGAGAAGAGUGAGCUCCGCAUGGAGGUGGACGAUCUGGGCGCCAGCGUGGAGACUCUGGCCCGUGGCAAGGCCAGUGCAGAGAAGCUGUGCCGGGCCUAUGAGGAUCAGCUAAGCGAGGCCAAGAUCAAGGUGGAGGAGCUGCAGCGGCAACUGGCAGAUGCCAGCACCCAGCAGGGGCGGCUACAAGCCGAGAGUGGGAAGCUGAGCCGACUGCUGGAGGAGAAGGAGUCUCUGAUUAGCCAGCUGAGCCGUGGGAAGGCCUUGGCCACCCAGAGCCUGGAGGAACUGCGGCGGCAGCUGGAGGAGGAGAGCAAGGCCAAGAGCACGCUGGCCCAUGCCGUGCAGGCUUCGCGGCAUGACUGUGACCUCCUGCGGGAGCAGCACGAGGAGGAGGCCGAAGCCCAGGCCGAGCUGCAGCGGCUGCUGUCCAAGGCCAACGCCGAGGUGGCCCAGUGGAGGAGCAAGUACGAGGCAGAUGCCAUCCAGAGGACCGAGGAACUGGAGGAGGCCAAAAAGAAGCUGGCACUGCGGCUGCAGGAGGCAGAGGCGGGGGUAGAGGCCGCUCAUGCCAAGUGCUCGUCGCUGGAGAAGGCCAAGCUGCGGCUGCAGACAGAGUCGGAGGAUGUGACCCUGGAGCUGGAGCGGACGACCUCGGCGGCCGCGGCGCUGGACAAGAAGCAGCGGCACUUGGAGCGGGCGCUGGAGGAGCGGCGGCGGCAGGAGGAGGAGAUGCAGCGGGAGCUGGAGGCGGCCCAGAGGGAGGCCCGCAGCCUGGGCACGGAGCUGUUCCGGCUGAGGCACAGCCACGAGGAGGCUCUCGAGGCCCUGGAGACGCUCAGGCGGGAGAACAAGAACCUGCAGGAGGAGAUCAGUGACCUCACAGACCAGGUCAGCCUCAGCGGGAAGAGCAUCCAGGAGCUGGAGAAAGCCAAGAAGGCACUGGAAGGGGAGAAGAGCGAGCUCCAGGCUGCGCUGGAGGAGGCCGAGGGGGCCCUGGAGCUGGAGGAGACCAAGACUCUGCGGACCCAGCUGGAGCUUUCCCAGGUCAAGGCUGAGGUGGACCGGAGACUGGUGGAGAAAGACGAGGAGUGCACUGACCUGAGGCGCAACCACCAGCGGGCAGUGGAGUCCCUGCAGGCCUCCUUGGAUGCAGAGACUCGGGCCCGCAACGAGGCGCUACGGCUCAAGAAGAAGAUGGAGGGCGAUCUCAACGACCUGGAGCUGCAGCUGGGCCACGCCACCCGCCAGGCCACGGAGGCACAGGCCACCACGCGGCUGCUGCAGGCCCAACUCAAGGAGGAGCAGGCGGGGCGGGAUGAGGAGCAGCGGCUGGCGGCCGAGCUCCACGAGCAGGCACAGGCCCUGGAGCGGCGGGCCGCCCUGCUGGCUGCGGAGCUGGAAGAGCUGCGGGCCGCCCUGGAGCAGGCCGAGCGCAGCCGGCGGCUGGCGGAGCAGGAGCUGCUGGAGGCCACCGAGCGCCUCAGCCUCCUGCAUUCGCAGAACACAGGCCUCCUGAGCCAGAAGAAGAAGUUAGAGGUGGAUUUGGCCCAGCUGAGCGGGGAGGCGGAGGAGGCUGCCCAGGAAAGGCGGGAAGCUGAGGAGAAGGCCAAGAAGGCCAUCACCGACGCAGCCAUGAUGGCAGAGGAGCUGCAAAAGGAGCAGGACACGAGCGCACACCUGGAACAGAUGAAGAAGACUCUGGAGCAGACGGUGCGGGAGCUGCAGGCCCGGCUUGAGGAGGCAGAACAAGCCGCUCUCCGUGGCGGGAAGAAGCAGGUGCAGAAGCUGGAGGCCAAGGUGCGGGAGCUGGAGGCCGAGCUCGACGCAGAACAGAAGCAGCACGCCGAGGCCCUCAAGGGGGUACGGAAACAUGAGCGCCGGGUCAAGGAGCUCGCGUACCAGGCCGAGGAGGACAGGAAGAACCUGGCUCGCAUGCAGGACCUGGUGGACAAACUGCAGAGCAAGGUCAAGAGCUACAAACGUCAGUGUGAAGAGGCGGAGCAGCAGGCCAACACUAACUUGGCCAAGUAUCGCAAGGCCCAGCACGAGCUGGACGACGCGGAGGAGCGGGCGGACAUGGCGGAAACCCAGGCCAACAAGCUGCGGGCGCGGACCCGGGACGCCCUGGGCCCCAAGCACAAGGAGUGACACCUGAGCCCUGGGCUCUGAAGAGGGACACCUGCUGUUUGCCCCACCCUGAUCCUCUCCUCUCCAUCCCUGCUGGAGCCUCGCCACCCCAGGCUCUGCUACACCCUGAAUAAACGCCACGUCUGCAGCUCC